ACUUGCUUCAUAUAAAAGAACUCUGUGUGUGCCUUCAAAGCCGAAAAAAGGAAGCCGCCAUAAAAAUGCUUCAAAUAUGCAGUUACAGGGAAGUUAGCCGUGAAAAUAUGCACAGCCAGCAAGCCUUUCUUUCCCCAUGUAAGCUUCAAACUUUAAAUUUAAUUUCUGUUCCAGGCUUUUAUGAUAAAUUUCCCACUAGGGUUUUUCUGGGGUUUAACUCUAAGCUUCAAAUUCCUUCAAAGAUUGAUACUUUAUUGCAUACAAGAAUUAAUACUAGUGUUAGAUAUAGUGUAAGUAAUAGUUAUGAUAAUAACAAGAAGAAAAAGAAAAGAUAUGGUGGUGUAUUGCCUUCUAUUUUGAAAUCUUUGGAUUCUGAAGAUGAUAUUGAUAAAUCUUUAAGUUUGUAUUACGGAAAGUUGAGCCCGAAAGAACAGACGGUGAUUUUGAAAGAAUUAAGGAAUUGGGAAAAGGUUGUUGGAGUUUUCGAGUGGAUUAAAUCGCACCCGGAUUAUGUGCCUAAUGUGAUUCAUUAUAAUGUGGUGUUACGUGUGCUUGGUCGUGCUAGAAAAUGGGACGAGUUGAGACGGUGUUGGAUUGAUAUGGCGAACAAGGGUGUUUUUCCGAGUAAUAAUACGUAUGGGAUGCUUGUCGAUGUGUAUGGAAAGGCAGGUCUUGUGAAAGAAGCUCUUUUGUGGAUUAAGCAUAUGAAGGUUAGGGGUAUUUUUCCCGAUGAAGUGACUAUGAAUACAGUUGUUAGAGUUUUGAAAGAUGGGGGAGAGUAUGAUAGGGCUGAUCGUUUUUAUAAAGAUUGGUGUGUUGGGAAAGUUGAGUUGGAUGAUUUGGAUUUGGAUUCUAUGGUGGACUCAGAAUCUGGUUCAAGUUUGGAACCCAUUAGUUUGACACGGUUUUUGUUGACUGAGCUUUUUAGGACGGGUGGGAGAGAUCAUACAAAGAGUUGGGUUCGACCUGAUACUGAAAACUCUGUUCAAAAGCCUCGCUUGACAGCUACUUACAACACUUUGAUUGAUUUGUAUGGAAAAGCUGGUCGAUUGAAAGAUGCAGCUGAUGUUUUUGCUGAAAUGCUGAAAUCGGGAAUUGCUAUGGAUACGAUUACUUUUAACACGAUGAUAUUUAUUUGUGGAAGUCAUGGGAAUUUGUCAGAGGCAGAGGCUUUAUUAAGUAAGAUGGAAGAAAGGGGUAUAUCUCCAGAUACUAAGACUUACAACAUCUUUUUGUCUCUAUAUGCUGAUAAUGGGAACAUAGAUGAAGCUCUUCAGUGUUAUAAGAUGAUAAGGGAGGUGGGUCUUUUUCCCGAUGCUGUUACUCAUAGAGCGGUUCUUCAAAUUUUGAGUGACAGAAAAAUGGUUGAUGAAGUUGAAACCGUGAUUAAGGAGAUUGAGAAAUCUGGUUUAUGUAUCAAUAAACAGUCCCUUCCCUUGGUUGUCAAAAUGUAUGUAGAUAAAGGAUUAACCGAAUGUGCAAAGCUUCUAUUUGAAAAGUGUCAAAAGAAUGGUGGAUUGUCGUCAAAAACUUAUGCCGCUGUUAUUGAUGCAUAUGCUCAGAAGGGACUUUGGGCUGAAGCUGAGUAUGUGUUUAGUUGUGAAAGAGAGAAGGAUAUUAUGGAGUAUAAUGUCAUGAUCAAAGCUUAUGGGAUAGCAAAGCUUUAUGAUAAAGCUUUUAUGCUGUUCAAAGGCAUGAAAAGUCAAGGGAUUUGGCCAGAUGAAUGCACAUACAACUCUUUGAUUCAAAUGUUUUCUGGGGGUGACUUGGUUGACGAAGCAAGGGACCUUUUAAGUGAAAUGUGGGAAGCAGGUUUUAAACCCUCGUGUUUGACCUUUUCUAGCAUUGUGGCAAGUUAUGCUCGUUUACGCAGGCUUUCUGAAGCAGAUGAGAUUUAUAAAGAAAUGAUGAAGUCUGGAGUCAAACCGAAUGAGGUUGUGUUUGGUUCUUUAAUAAAUGGAUAUGCAGAAAGCAGUGAACUUGAUGAAGCUCUUCGGUAUUUUGGGAUUAUGCAAGAAUCUGGAUUACCGGCUAAUCAAGUAGUGUUGACUUCUAUUAUUAAGGCAUACAGUAAAAGUGGUGUAAUUGAAGGAGCCAGAAUGAUCUAUAAAAAGAUGAAGGAAUUACCAGGGGGUCCUGAUGUUGUAGCAUCAAAUAGCAUGCUCAGUCUUUAUGCAGAUAUGGGCAUGGUAUCAGAGGCCAAAUUGAUAUUUGACUACUUGCAAGAAAGCCAUCAAGCAGAUGCGGUUUCUUUUGCAACUAUGAUGUAUGUUUAUAAGAACAUGGGUAUGCUUGAUGAAGCAAUAGAAGUUGCAGAAGAGAUGAAACAUUCUGGCUUGCUGACUGACUGCUCUUCCUUUAACAAGGCAAUGGCAUGUUAUGCGACAAGUGGCGAGCUAGUCAAAUGUGGUGAAUUGUUGCAUGACAUGAUAGUAACUCGAAAGCUCGUGCCCACAAACGGAACUUUCAAAGUAUUAUUCACCGUGCUGAAAAAAGGUGGGAUUGCAACUGAAGGAGUAGAACAGCUUGAGUUUGCUUACCAGGAAGGUAAACCAUACACCAGGGAAGCAAUUGUAACGGCCGUGUUUUCUGUACUAGGCUUGCAUACAUACGCUUUGGAGUAUUUUGAACGUUCCAUGAAACUUGAGUCAGGUUUGGAUUUAUCAGUGUAUAACAUGGCGAUUAAAGUUUUUGGGGAUCUGGGGAGAAUUGAUGAUGCAUUUAAGGUAUUCAUGAGAAUGCAAGAUGAAGGUUUGGAAGCAGAUGUUGUAACUUAUAUAUAUCUGGUGGGUUGUUAUGGAAAAGCUGGUAUGCUGGAAGGCGUGAAGCGAGUAUACAGCAAGCUAAAAUAUGAAGAUAUUGAUCCGAAUGAGUCUUUAUUUAAGGCAGUAAUAGACGCUUAUAAAACUGUGAACAGGCAUGACCUUGCAGAACUGGUUAACCAAGAGAUGAACUUGGUUUUUGGUACGGAACCCUUGCCUGAUUCUGAGACUGAAAAUGAGGCAGGUGAAACCUCUGUCAGUUUAUUUGUAUGAACAAUGUUGUAGAAUAUCACAGGCAUGUAAGUGGAUUAUAUUUGGAUUCAGAUAGCAUGCGCAUUGGCUUACACCUUAAGGAACUGUUUAGAUGAGCUUGGGUAUUACAUAGAAUCCUAGUUAGUGAACCAAACCUGUGUAUGUUUAUCCAUGGCAGACACAAAUUCAGAUAUUAUUUAGAUAUUACAUGUUGUGCAUAUCUGAAGGAAAUUAGACGAAUAGUGUAUUAUUGCCCAUGAUAGAAAUGUGAAACGUGUUAUAAACAAUGUAUAUUUUUUUCUAAUUUAGUUUUGGAAACAUGUUUAAGUUGCCUUCUGUACUUGGGAUUAUUUCUAAUAUUAUCACUUGAUUAAAUGAAUUGUCCUUAUACUGAUA